CAAGUCAAACUCAUGUUUGUAAAUAAUGUCGAAAUAGUUAAAUUUACUCUUGGUGAUGUCUCUUUCAGCAAGAUAUUCAACACUGGAAAAAAUUGGCGAAGGAAGCUUUUCCGAAGUUAAUAAAAUUCACGAUAGAUAUUCGAAGCGAUGUUAUGCGGCUAAAGUGUUAAAGGAGAAAUUUGAUAGUAUAGAAGCGGCCAUGUGUUGUAAUGAAAUAAUUGCAUUGAGAGCUCUUCAACAUCAUCCGAAUGUGGCUGGGAUAACUGAUUUCUUUUAUGAUGCACAGACUCGAAAAUUAACGAUCAUCACAGAGCUGGCCCAAAUGAACCUGUACGAAUACAUAAAGGACAGAAAACGUUGCCUGUCAGAAAUUCGAUGCAAACAUUUUCUUUAUCAGUUAGUGUCCGGUCUGCGGUAUUUACACGGUAGAGAAAUAUUUCAUCGUGAUAUUAAGCCGGAAAACUGUCUCGUUAAGAUUGAUAAACGACUGGGAGUGAAUCCGAUUCAAGCUGAAAUUCUGCAACUGACCGAUUUCGGUAUGGUCUGUAAUUUCAACGAUAAACCGCCACUGUCCUCAUACAUUUCGACACGUUGGUAUCGUGCACCCGAAGUAAUGCUAACAUAUGGUUACUAUGGUCCACCAGUCGAUAUCUGGGCACUGGGAUGCAUAUUUUACGAAAUUCUGACGCUAAAGCCAUUGUUUCCCGGCGAAAAUCAGACAGAUCAACUGAAUAAGAUCCAUAGUGCACUCGGGUCGCCGUCAAAAGAUGUGCUGAGGCGAUUGAAACAUUUGGAUUCGUCCGUCGUAUUCCAAGCCAAAAAAGGAACCGGUCUACAUUCGUUGGCAAUGCUAAGUGGUGACGGCAUGGACAUCUGGAGGAAAAUGUUAGAGUAUCGUGCCGAUCUGAGAAUUAACGCAUUUCAGAUGUUCGAACAUUCGUAUUUUGAUAGUUUGAGGUUGGACAAUAGAUCUUCAAAGUCGAAAUCGAUGAUCUUACACGAGGACAGAAUUCUUGGCAAAGCGAAGUCUAACAUCUGUUUGUCGAGAAAAUUGCAAGCAUCGGAAACGAAAAUGAAAGAACGACUUUGGGGAAUGAACUCAGGGUCUCGAACAAAAAUGAUGUUGAACAUGGCGAGAAAAUCAAGUACCUAAAUUGUGAUUGGAUUAUGAUUUCGAUUAAAGGAAAAAAUUUCAAAGUUCCCGCUGUUUUAAUCUGAAAU